AUGCAAGCAACUUCCCAUGCAUUGUCACCUCCCGGCCAAUUUCCGGUGCAGCUGAACCGUGAAGAUUGCGAUGUUGUGGCAAAGGCUGCUCUGGAGUACGCCAAAAGCCUCAAGCUCGCCGGAGAUGGAGACCAGUGGAGUGAUCUACUUGGGACCAACAUUGGUAGUCGGACUUUCAAGUUGCCUGACCCGAUGAAAGACUCUGAAUCGGGUACUACAGCACAGGUGUACAAAUCCAAUAAACGCAAAGAACUUGUAAAAGUGGGAUACAGAAUACUUGGAAACAUAGGAGACCAGUGGAGUGAUCUACUUGGGACCAACAUUGGUAGUCGGACUUUCAAGUUGCCUGACCCGAUGUACUACAUUAGUUGA